AUGGGUGAUCACGGCAAUCAGGAUGACCUCACUGCUGCACUGGCAAUCAUUCAACAACAAAUGCAGACUCAGCAACAACAGAUGUUGCAGAUGGAGCAGACCAUCCAGAAUCAGCAACAAGCUGCUCAAGAAGCAGCUGAGAAUGCCGCGCGAGAAGAGCGUGGUGCUCCUAUUGGGGAGCGGAACCUUCCGCGGAACUUCGCUACUAACCGCUCCCCCAUCAACCCUCCUCCUUGCACUCGGCAAGACUAUGAGAUCAAACCUGCACUUAUAAGUCUGGUACAGAAGAGCACGUUCAGCGGUCUCACUACUGACAUCCUGAUGGAGCACAUCGAAGCCUUUGAGAGAAUCUGCAAUUUCUAUCGCUCUAACGGAGUGCCACCAGACUAUGUCAAAUGCACGUUGUUCCCAUUCUCUCUUGAAGGGAAAGCUUCUCGCUGGCUCCAAUCUCUGCCAACCGGCUCUCUUACCUCAUGGGAUCAGGUCCGAUCAGCGUUCCUGAGCCACUUCUACACGAAGUCUAAAACCGCGGCUCUACGGCACAGGAUCUCCAAUUUCAAGCAGAAGUCUGAUGAACCUUUUCAUGAAGCUUGGGAGAGGUACAAGGAAUACCAGAGAGAGUGCCCGCACCAUGGGUUUGACGAUGACUAUAUAUUGGAGGUGUUCUAUGAUGGAGUGAGCUAUGAGUUUCGAAACACCCUUGAUUCUUCGAGUAAUGGAGAUUUCAUAGCUCAAACCACACCUGGUUCGUUCGAGCUGAUUGAGAACAUGGCUUCAAGUUCACUAAACAGGAACAAGGAGCAUGACCGCAAAAGUGUGAAUAGCAUAGAUGAUCUCGCUGCAAAGGUGGACCAACUGUUUAAGGGAAACCAAAGCCAAGUGUUCAUAAUAGAAGAAGCAGCUCCUGAGAAAAGUGCUGGAUGGCAGCUCAAAAACUACCACCCAAACCCUAACGUGAGGAACAACCCACAGCUUUUCUGGCCUAAGCAAGACAAACCAGCCUAUCCUGCACAGAGUAACCAAGGUCAGUAUGCAGGGUAUCAAAAGAACUACCAACCCUGGAACUAUGUUCUAAGCCAACCGCAGAACAAUCCACCUCAGAUGCAGAAACACCAGAACACUCAGCCAGCUACCUCCGCUCCUGUCGCUGUUCCGCAAGAUGAGACAAAAGUUAUGUGGCAGCAGCUGCUCCAAGGACAACAGCUCCAAGGGAAGACUCUAAACCAGGUUACUACCGAGAUCAAUACCAGAAUGAACCAUAUGUUCAGCGAUUUGAGCACCAAGUACGACAAUGUCGCGAGCCAUAUGAGACAGAUGAACAUUCAGAUUGCUCAGACUGCUGAGAGCGUCAAGAGGCAACAAGGUACUCUACCUGGAAAAACCGACAAAAACCCUAAGGAGUGCAAUGCGGUUGAGUUGAGAAGUGGAAAGCAACUGUCGGAACCGGUAAAGAAGAGGUUCACUGCGGCUGAGAAGGGGAAGCAGAAAGAGUCGGAACUACCACCAGCCGAUACCCCGGCAGCAGAGAAGGAGAGGGAACCAACAGUUGGAACCAAUUCGCCAGGACCAGAACAACCAGCUGUGGCUGUCCGCCCGAUCCCAGAGCCUGUUCCUGCUCACGAAUACACUCCUAAAGUCCCUUACCCUGUUCCAGCAAAGGCUACUCGUAAGGACCGAGAGGAGAUGAAGUACAGGAAGAUGCUAGAGGACCUAACUGUCCGACUCCCCUUGAUGGAUGCGAUCCAGAUGAUGCCCUCCACGCGCAGCUUUAUGAAGGGAUUGAUCAAAGGAAAAAUAUCAGAGGAGAGCGAAUUCAUGACUGUCUCUAAGGAGUGCAGCGCAGUGCUUCAGAACAGGCAGAUAAAGAAGCGAGGAGACCCUGACAAGUUCGUCCUCUCUAUCCAGAUUGGGAAGACAAUUUUCUCAUGCUCCUUGGUUGAUCAGGGAUCCAGCGUAAACCUCAUGCCCUACUCUGUAGCAUGA